ACUUGGCAGCAUUUUUUGGGAAAUAACGGAGAUGAUGACUUUUAUACGUAUUUUUGUUUUGCGGUUUAUAAAUUUUGUAGCAGUUUUUGUGGAAGUUUAUUGAGAGCAGAAGUAAUAUAAUUGUUUAUAGGCCUAAAGUUUGACGAAAAUAAAAUGGAUGAAGUAGAGCAGUUUUUCGAUUUUUCAAAGGAGUUCACCCGUAUACCAGCACCGAGAGGAUAUAUCUCUAGCAACCCUGCUGCCGCUGCCGGAACAAUGAAUAGUGGCAGACCGAUUAAGCGUGAAUUUUUUGGUGAUCAAUAUUCAAAGGAAAUUGCCGAACGAGAAAACAAACGUUUGAUGGAGGAGGGGGACGCCUCGAUAGAAGAUUUGCAUUCCUCACGGCAAGGCGUAACAUCUUCGACUUGUAUGGAUGAACUGGAAGGCUUAAGUGAAGAUGAUGAUGAAUUUAAACCAAAAUUAAAUAGAGUCGAAGAUAACAUCUAUAAAAAAUAUGACUUCAAUUUAAAACGCGAUGAAUCUCUUCCUAUACAUGAUAAUCGAGAGCAAAUAUUAAAUGCUAUACGAAAGAAUCCUGUGGUUGUGCUUGAAGGUGAUACUGGUUGUGGAAAAACUACACAGGUGCCCCAAUAUAUUCUCGACGAGGCUUAUACAAAUCGGGAAUAUUGUAAAAUAGUUUGUACACAACCAAGGCGUAUUGCGGCCAUAUCCAUUGCAAGACGUGUGUGUCAUGAAAGAAAGUGGGAAGAAGGGUCUGUUGUUGGCUAUCAGGUUGGUUUGCAUGCGCAAACAUCAGAAGAUACCCGCUUGCUUUACUGUACAACAGGUGUCCUUCUGCAAAAGUUGAUAAAGGAAAAAACCCUUAAACAAUUUACACAUAUAAUACUUGAUGAGGUACACGAACGUGAUCAGGAAAUGGACUUUCUACUUAUAAUCAUACGAAAGCUGUUAACUACAAACUCUCGUGGUGUAAAAAUAAUACUUAUGUCGGCUACAAUCAAUGCCGGAGAGUUCUCCGAUUAUUUCACCAUACGUCGGAAUCCGGCGCCAGUUCUACGUGUUGAUUCGCGGCGCCUGUUUCAGGUGCGCGAGUUUUACUUGUGCGAUUUAUAUCGCAUUAAUACUUCGAACAUUGAUGUUGAUAUAUCUGACCCUGGGAUCUCUAAAGAUAUGUAUAAUAUAGCACUCAAAUUGAUUAUUGUCAUAGAUAACAUAGAAAAACAGGAAGCUUCAGUUUCUCUGGAGCCUGGCGUAAUAAAACAAACCUCUAUACUCAUCUUUUUGCCGGGUAUCAACGAAAUUGAUCAAAUGUGCAACAGCCUUAAAUCAUUGAGUGCAUCUGAUGAAAAUAAUGUGAAACUCUUUCCUAUACGUUUGCAUUCAUUAAUAUCGCCGGAUGAACAGAGUAAAGUAUUUAAUAAUCCACCAGGAGGUUUCCGUAAAGUCAUUUUGUCUACAAAUAUAGCGGAAAGUUCAAUUACUGUACCUGACGUUAAAUAUGUCAUUGAUUUUUGCUUGACCAAAUCGCUUGUCACUGAUACGGCAACAAACUUUUCUUCGCUACAAUUGCAUUGGGCAUCUCGUGCAAAUUGUCGCCAGCGUGCCGGUCGUGCCGGCCGUGUUAUGAACGGGCGUGUAUAUCGUAUGGUGUCCAGGAAUUUCUAUGAGCACUACAUGGAGGAGUUUAGUACCGCUGAGAUGUUGCGUUGCCCGCUGGAAACGGCUGUGCUUAAAGCUAAACUUCUCGAUAUGGGUCCACCACCGGAAAUACUUGGUCUGGCCAUGACACCGCCGAACCUCUCCGAUAUACAUAACACUGUAUUAACAUUAAAAGAGAUUGGAGCACUUUAUACAACCGUAAAUGGUAUAUACUCCAUUCAAGAUGGUGACCUUAGCUUUAUGGGUCGCGUAAUGGCUGGCAUGCCAUUAGAUAUUCGUCUAACACGUCUCAUAUUGUUGGGAUAUAUAUUCAGUGCUAUCGAUGAAGCGAUUAUAAUAGCUGCUGGGUUGAGCGUGCGUUCAGUGUUCAGGUCCGGUGUCGAUCAUCAUGGGCAUAACGAAGCGGAUGCGUAUAUAGAAAAACUCGUUUGGGCAGAUGGUUCUGGUUCGGAUUUAUUUGCUAUCUUACGAGCAUAUCGGGUUUGGUCAUCUUUACGUGAACAACGAAAUAUCGACGAAGAAGAUAACGAGCAAAAAUGGGCUAAACGUUUCUAUAUCAAUUUACGUUCAAUUAAAGAAAUGCAUUUGCUUGUACAAGAAUUACGACAACGUCUUAAACACUAUGGCAUACGUGAGCAACAGGCCUAUCAACGUGUUUGUUGGAUUGAUCGUGAAAAGACAAUUAUAUUAAAAAUUAUUAUUGCUGGUGCAUUUUAUCCCAACUACUUUACACGUUCCAAUUUAAACGAUACUGAACGUGAACGUGGCAUUUACCAUACACUUUGUGGCAAUGAUCCAUGCAAUACAGUUUAUUUUACCAGCUUCAAUACACGACAUAUUGGUCAGUUGUAUACAGGUUUUAUAAAGGAUCUGUUUCGUAAUGUACGCAUACAUCCUAAAAACAUCGAGAUACGUUUUCAAACGGGCGCUGAAAGAGUGUUUGUCACCUUUAAAAAGGAUCAAGAUGAUGAUGAUAGUGGUGCAUAUAGAUUGCUAGUGCCAGGGCGCGUUUGUCCCGAGGUAUAUAAGGCAGUGCGUAUGCGUAUGCACGGCAUGCGUACAACUAUUCGUGUUAUGGAUCCUCGUAAUGAAGUGAAAUAUGCUGAGGAACGGCGUAUAGGCAAAAUGAUAGAAGGUGUUUGGCGGCCUACAAAAAAACAACUGAAAAACCCGGAGUUGAUAGUUUUACCUUCUGUAUUCCAAAGAAUGAUACGCGGCUAUAUUUCUCAUAUUGAAAGCUGCAGCAAAUUCUAUUUUCAACCACUCUCCGAAAUGGAGCGUUUGCGAGAAAUCCAUGCACUUUUGAAUAGCCCAGAAGAAAUACAACGUGGACGUUUCAAAAGUCCGGCUGCCAUCUCCAAAGGCAUGAUGGUAUCGGCGCCAUUUGAAAAUAAAUAUCAUCGCGCAAAAGUUUUAAAAGUAUUGACAGCUGCGCGACAACAUUGCCAGUUUAAGGUAUUUUUCAUCGAUUACGGUAAUACUGAUAUUAUAGACUUUGAACAACUACGUCGAUUUUCUUUUCGCUGCGAAAAUCUAAAUGACAUACCAGCACGUAUGUUUGAGUGCCGUCUAGCUAUGGUGGAGCCUUCGACGGUUAAAUGUCCCAGCGGUAAAUGGGCAGAUGAAGCAAUGGAAUUUAUGCAACAGACUGCCGAUGCUGGUGUAGUAGAAAUUGAAAUUUACUCCGUAGUGUCUGCUAUUUCGAAUGUGAUUAUUAAAACAGCCACCGGCACACUUAAUGACAUAUUGGUGGAGAAGGGUUUGGCACAUAAAUCUGAUGAAAACUAUAUGUCCAAGGCCGACCAUGACUUCCGCUCGCGCAAACAAUCUGUCGCUACACGUUUCCUUGACGAAGAUCACUCCAAACAAAAUGAAGAGUACUUACGUUCAAUACAACCAGAAGCCGAUUUGGAAGUAGAUCCACCACCACGCGAAUAUUGCACUCGAAAUAUUACUUUACGUGGUCCCUAUAGUCCUUUGGAAACAAAGAUUUUCUCAGCUGUUCGUAUAGGGACUUGGAAGAGUGUUCAAGUCGAGCGAGAUUCUGUGAACUCAGUAUUGCUUGACACAGAUCCACAGGAUGUGCAUGAACGUUUAAUUGUUGCUGCCAGCAUAACAGAAGCACACAACGCCGAAACACUUACCGCUCGUUCUACAACUCUUAUGCCGAACAUACACGGCUUUGGUGCUUUAAUGACAUUACUUUUCUGUCCUACGAUGCAGAUAAAACGAAAUGUGAAUAAGACGAAAUAUGUUUGUGUAUUAGCUGGAUUGGGUUUUGAUAAAGAAACUUAUAAACCACUUUAUGAAGAGCACGAUAUUGUAUUGAAUUUGGAUGCGGACAUUCUUAAAGAUGACUUAGAGUUGAUCAAUCAACUACGUUAUUGCAUGGACACAAUGUUAUAUACGGAUCCAAGUGAUGAGCGCCCAACAAUAUUACCAAAUAUGCGAGCAGAUUUGUGUGCUAAAAUUAAAAACCUAGUUGUAAGACUUUUAAAUAAGAAUCGCAAAUAUAUUGAAACACAUGUCGACAGCUUCGAUAAUGUGUGGCAGCGUUAUGAUCCUGAAGAAGUGAUCGAAACCGAACCGAUUUAUGGUCAUCGGUCACUGUUUCCCAUGCACUCUGCACUAAAAUUGUACGAUGAGAAGUUUGAUCGUAUACAUGCUUUAGGUGUACAUUGUCAGGAACUGCAUCGCUUACGCCAAUUUGAUGGUGCUAUUCAACCGAUAACCUGCCAGCUAUGCAAUCAAUCGCUAGAAAAUAUUGUGCAACUACGCAUACAUUUGUUGUCUCAAUUACAUCGUGAUCGCGAACAUCAGAUACGUUUUAAAAUGCCAAAGUGUUAACGAGCAGUUGACAUUAUUUUUCUGAGUAACGAAAUAAUUUCGUUUAAAUAUGAAUUUUCUAUAGUUGCAGUCAUUUAAGUUAGUUUAUAAUAUUGACAAUUUGCAUUGUAUAUUAUUGGACGUGAAGUUUUAUAAAAUCACUAGAAUUGCAUUAAUUUUUGCUUACAUUUUUUUUAUUGAAUCAUACA